UGGGCACAGGACCUGCCGAGCCAGAGACAGGAAAUUCGGAGGAGACGCAGUAGGUUACUGGAGAAAGCACAUCGUUUUCCCAAUGAAUUUUAUAUUGUUUCUUUUUUUACCCGGGGUUUUCUCCUCACAGACUAGCGACUUUACUCCCAAAAGUGAAGAGCCUGAAAUGAUGAUGCCUGUAGCUGAAGAAGAUAAUAAAGAGGAACUAGCAAAUGAGGAUAAUACUCCUGCUAAUGAGAAAAGUGGCAAUUAUUAUAAAGAUAUAAAACAAUAUGUGUUCACGACGCAAAAUCCCAAUGGCACCCACUCUGAAAUAUCCGUGAGAGCAACAACCGAUCUGAAUUUUGCUUUUAAAAACUAUCAGCUUGUCAAUGAAACAACCACAGCACCUCCUGAAAGUGUCACCAAUGAAGAAGAAACUUUUGAAGAACCCACUGAAAAUAAUAUUCCAAAAUCCACCCAGGGUCAAAAUGAGCCUGAAUUUUGGACAAAUUUAGCGAAAGCUCUAAAUGCAACAACCAAUGAGGAAAAUGAUGGAAAAAAUGAAUUAUUUCAACCAAUUCCAAGCUCUGAUGUGAAUGCUACAAAUGAAGACAAACUGGCAGAGCUACAGGAAGUCAAGUUAAAAUUAAUGCUGGGCAUCUCACUGCUGACACUCUUCCUCCUCGUCACGCUCUUGGCAAUCGGUAGUGCCAUGCUGUACAAAGUGAAGUUGCGGAAUUACAAUAAGACAUCUCAGAGUGAAUACUCUGUCAACCCAGAACUGGCAGCUCUGUCUUACUUCCAUCCAUCAGAGGGCGUAUCAGACACAUCUUUUUCUAAGAGCGCUGAGAGCAGCACAUUUUGGGGGACUCCUUCUUCAGAAAUGAGGCAAUCAGACACAGUGUCAAAAACUAGAACAACGGACGUUGUUUCCACAGCCUCAGAUGAUACAGGCAUGAAUGAUGAGCCAGACGUAAUUCAGAAUGAGGAAGUAAAGGAGGAAAUCCCCAUGGAUGAAUAGACAGCUUUAAUAUUUUGUCAUAAAAAAGCAUCUUUGUGACUCACAUUAAUAUCAUGAUCUGGAAACUCUGCUGAGACAUUUAAAUUUUCUAGCGUCUUAAAAGAAGGACAUAUUCAAUAAAAUUCUCUCAGCUAUAAAAAUUAUUUAAUGGAAAAAAAUACAAGGAAAUAAUUUAAGGUGUAGAAAACUCAUCAAGUAAAAAUAAUCCUGGAAAUUGACUUAGGAGAAGUAUUUACUCUAGGCUGGU